AUAGCCCGACGGAAAUUAGCACAGAAAGGCACGGUCUUGAUGAGUGCUGCUAGACCCAGCUACUGCUUCCUUCAAACAGCUAGGUACACGACGCAGCCGCAUGAAAGUCUCCGGGUACGAGCUCAGACAAGCAACAUAAGUCGGACGCACCCAGAAUUUAGCUUUGGACUAUCAAACGCUUUCAGAGCUCAUCAGCAAUACUUUCAGUUUUCACCGUCAGGGCCAAAAUCUCCUCUACCGACAUGACAGCACUCCGACCUCACAUCUUCGACGCUCUGAUCGUUGGAGCAGGUCCCGCGGGACUAAACGCUGCGCUUGUGUUUGCACGCACCCAAGGAACAGCAAUUGUAUUUGACUCGCAACAGUAUCGUAACGAGGGGAUCAAGCAUAUGCACACAGUUGCAUCCAGAGAUCAUCAGGACCCAUACAUGUUCCGCCGCACAGCUCGGGAACAAAUUGAGUCUCGCUACGAUACCGUCUGGUUCCAAAAUGCAACGAUUACUCACGCGACCAAAAAACAAAUUGGCCACGAUGGGUACGACGGUUUCGAAGUUCGCGACAGCAAAGAUGAGACUUACUUUGGAAAGAAAUUGAUCCUGGCUACUGGUUCGAAAGACAUCAUGCCUGAUAUCGCAGGUUACAAGGAGAACUGGCCCGAGCAUAUCUACCAGUGUCUUGCAUGCGAUGGCUUCGAGCAGCGCGGCACACCCAUCGGCGUCCUUGAAUUCAAACACCCGUCACAGUCGCAUCUUGUCCAGAUGACCAAGGCUUUCGACAGCAGAAUCACGAUCUUCAGCAACGGUGGGAUCUCCGAUGAUCCCCCGGUUCAACAGGCCCUCGACGUGGCCAAGGCCUUCGGUGCUAAAGUGGACUCCCGCAAGAUCGUGCGUCUUGUCAACAACGGGCCUACUCAUGCGGAGGGAGUGACAAUAGAGUUCGAAAUCGGAGAGCCAGUGACACUGGGCUUCAUUGCACAUCGUCCCGAUACCGUAAACCGGUCACAGCAUCUCAUCGACCAGCUAGGAAUCGAAACGGUCGAUCCGGCGAUGGGCGGGUAUAUCAAGGUUAUGAAUCCAAUUUUCAAUGAGACGAGUGUGAGGGGUGUGUUCGCAGCGGGUGAUACAAUGGUGGUCAUGAAGCAGGUGGCCGUUGCGAUGGCUGAGGGGUUGAAGGCAGCGGCGGGCGCGGGAAUGCAGAUUGCGCAGGAGGAGGCUGAACUUGUUGCCCGGCAACAUGAAUCGAAGGUGGAAGAAUUUGAGGGCGUUUCUAUCAUAUCGUAGGAGGCAAGAAGUGGAAGGGUUCUUUUUGGCGACCUUCAGUCUUGAGCAUCGCAUCUGCAUUGUUGCAAGUAAUUCCAUGCUCUUAGGCAUUGAAGAGCUCUAGGUAAGUGCUUCUUGUGUCCUAUAACUAAUAGCGUUCUCGAGUCAAGCGGUUGCAUACUCUUCGCGAGGAAUGAACAAAACGGCUGCUUCCUCGCAAGCAGCGCUGUCGGUAUUGUUAAGGGCGCAGAAUAGAAUCGGCCUGUAUACCGAGCAAGGAACUAUU